AUUUGGAUAACACUUAAUAUUAUUGGCUUAUUUAUGGAAUAUUGUUCAAAAGGUUUGUAUACAAUUAAAGGAAUUCAUGAAUGGCGUAAAAUGCAUAUCAAUGAUCGAGCAUUUCGUCGUAUCAUUGCAUGCUUUCAUAUUAUACCAUUUGUUCUUGGUAUUUAUUCAAAUUUUUAUUUUCUUGGUGGUUUUGAAGUUGGUUCAAUGUUUGUUACACGUAUUUGGUAUGAGGAAACAUUAACAUUACGUUUUCCAGCUAUUUUAUUGCUAACAUUAGCAUAUUUUUAUGCACAAGUUUGUAUUGAAAUUGAACGUAAAUUUAGUUUAGUAGCAGUUAAAAAUAAUAAUAAUAAAAAAAUAUAA